CGGUGUCCACGUCAAACUUGACACCCUUCGCUACGGUCGAGUCGAUAAUGGCUGCAGUCGAGGUGGCACUUUUGGGUCGCUGUGGUGUUUAGACUUGCCAUAAAAACCGCUGAAUAUUCCUCUCAGGCUGACCGCAGACGACACAGACUCCAACAUAAAGUCGUCAUCUCAGGUAUUAGCUGUCAGACUUCGAUAUUAUGUCCGCCGGUCUUCAGGAACUACUUCGUGUGGACGACCAGCUGUCAUUAGCCGGGUUCUGUGCUUGCUAAAUGAGCUUCUGUCGGUUUGGAAAGCGACUUUGUCACGCAGGAAAGAAAUUGGAUUUUAGAAUUUACGGGUCCCCCGUGGCUGAGAGUCUCCAGCUGAGCUUGAUGAGCGAGCUAGCUGUAUUAUCUUUCGAGUCUACGCUAGGCUAGCUCCCCUGUUCUCCUCGGCCCUGCUUUGUUUUUGUUUGGUUUUUGUCUCCCCCGAAGAUGUCAUCGUGGUUGGGGGGAAUCGGCUCCGGCCUCGGCCAGUCUCUGGGCCAGGUUAGCGGGAGUCUCUCAUCUUUCACCGGGCAGAUAUCGAACUUUACCAAAGACAUGCUGCUGGAGGGUGUAGAAGAAGUAGGAGAUGCUGCCACGGAACUGCAGGUUUCCAAUUCCAAGUUGGCUGAAGUCGAGUCUGCUUUUGGUGCUCAGAAAUCUGAGGUUAGUCUAUUCACUCUUUUGUCCUUUCAGGUGGAGAUCAGUCACCUGAAAGCUCGGCAGAGUGGGCUUCAAGAAGAAGUCCAGAAGCUGCAGCAAUCAGCCCAGUCUGCUUCAGCUGGCCCUGCGAUGUUGCCCGUAACCACUACGUCAUCGUCCACUACCUCCUCUUCUGCUUCCUCUUUCCUGUCACGUCACCCAGGAUCUCACCAGGGCUUCCAUGGCGAAGAAAUGGACCUCAGCGACGUGAUCUGGUCGCAGCAAGAGAUCAACAGGCUGUCGACAGAAGUCAUGCGUCUGGAGUCGGAGGUAGCACACUGGCGACGAAUGUCUCAGGCAUCAACAGCAACAGGAGCUGGUAAUGGCAACCACAGUGAGAUUCUCAAGCUUCAAAGGACUAUUAAGGAGCUUCGAGAUGAGAUGAGUCGUGAGGUGGAUGAACACCAGCAUGAACUUGCAGCUCUGCAGGAUGCCCAGCGACAGAAGCUGGCAGAUGUCACCCGGCGACACAGGCAGGAGCUGGCAGAGUACGAGGAGAGGAUAGAGGAGCUGGAGGAACAGACUCAGAGUGGUGUUGGUCAGCCCACCUCUGUGUCAGACACCUCCAAGCUGCAUGAACUCCAUCAAACCAUACAGUCCCUGCAAGAAGCGGCGGAGCAGCGCGAGAAGCAGCUGGCCGAACUGUCUGCCAAUUUGGAGGAGGCACAGAAGAUACAAGCCUCACUACAGCUUGAGAAGGAUGACGCUCAGCAAGAGAAUACCGGGCUCCUGCAGAACUACACGCGGCUGCAGGCUUCCGUGGCCGAGCUCCAGACACGAGUACAAGAGCAGGAGGGGAAGGCUUUGCAAAAAGCCCAGCUAGACCAUGAGAUCCAAAUGUUAAGAAAUAGCUUGGAAGCUGCAGAAAAGGAAAUAGAGAGACUGAAAAACCUGGAUGAGGCAGAACCAAAGGAAGAAGUCGAGCAUGCAGACAUCUUAGAACUGAACACCAUUAUUGGAGCACUGAGACAAGAAAAGGAAGACUUAGAACAAGAAAAGCUUAAUCUGCAAGAAAGACUUAAAGUCGCAGAAGAACAACUAGUCAGCAGAAAUGAAGCUGAGUCUGAUUUGGAGUCAUUGGAUGAUUUGAAGGCAGAACUGGGCAGGAGAGAAAAGACCCUGAGAGCUACUGAGGAGGAGCGGGACACGCUGAUGUCUGAACUGGAGGAACUAGACCAACAAAAUCAGGAAGCUACUCAGCAUAUGAUCUCAGUGAAAGAGCAGCUCUCUGGACAGCUGAAAGAGGCUGAGACAGAGCUGAAAAGAAUGACUGCAGAGCUCAACACAUCCAAUGACCAGAAAAGGGCACUUGAGCAAGAGCUGGAGACCCAAAAAGAGAAAAUGAGCCAGAGUGCUUUUACCCUUAACGAACUGCAUAUGGGAAAACAACAGUUGGAACGGACAGUGAAAGAGCUAAAAGACAAACUGGGACACUCACAGGAGCAGAGCCGGGAUGCACGCAGAGAGGUCACCGAGCUAAAGAAGACCCUGCAGGAGAAAGAGGAGCUGUUAUCUGCUGCUAAAGCAAAACUUUAUGAAGGAGGGGAGAGAGCAAGUGAGGCACAGGGUGCUAAUGAGGCGCUAGCAGAGAAGGAGAGAGAGUUGUCAGACCUCAGGAGAGAAUUGGAUGAGAUGAGGCGCUCUCACGAGAAGGUGAUGUCUGAAGACUAUGAGUUGAAGGUGGAGAACAGGAGGUUCAAGGCGGACAAUGAGCAGACCUUGGGUAAAGUGGAAGAACUAACCAAGCAGCUGAAGGAAAGCCAGGGUGUUCUGAACAGGGUUGUGAGGGAGAAGGAUACUCGUAUUGAAGCUUUAAAACUGGAGAAAUACCAGCUCGAAGGUGAAUUGACGCAGGCUGAGAACAAACUAAAAGAACAGGUAAAACAGUACCAGCAGACCAUCGAGGAGUUAACUCGAGCUCGAUCUAUGGACGCUUCUGCUUUGCAGACUGAGCAUGAACGUGCCAUCAAACUAAACCAGGAGAAAGACAUGGAGAUUGCUCAGCUGAAAAGAGAUAUGGAGCAGGUGGCAGCUGACCACAGAGACACCAAUGAGAUGCUAUCAAUCACAGUUGCAGGGCAGCAGCAGCUGACGGAUUUGCUGCAAGAGAAAGAUGUCUUUAUGGACACUUUAAAACAAAAUGCUGCGGAUUUACAGACAGAGCUGGAUAAUAAGGUUUCAGUUUUCACCAAGGAAGUUGAAACGCUCAAACAGUCGCUAGAUGAAAAGGAUAAGCAGCUGGGAGGUAUGAAGGAGGAGAACAGCCAUCUGAAAGAGGAGAUUGACCGCCUCAGGGAUCAGCAGAGCAGACCUCAACCUCUGGCUGAGCCCAGGACUCUGGACAUCAUCACAGAGCUGGAGACGGAGAUCACCCAACUCAAAUCCUCCCGUAAUGCCCUGGAAGAGGAGGUCCAGACUCUGAGGAGAACCACUGAGGAACAGCAAGCUUCUCUACUUCUCUCUCAACAGUCUCUGCAGGCUCAACAGAGCGAGAUUGAACAGGCUCGUGCUCACCAUCAGCAGACAACACUAAACUAUGACAGACUCAUCCAGGCCAGAGACGAAGAGAUAACCCGCCUCCAGCAAGCUGUAGAGCAGCUUAGUGAGAGUCAGAGCAGAGCCAACUCUCCGUCUGUGCAGGGAGAGGUCAUCUUGCAGGAGGAAAAGACUCAGACCCUAAAUCAGGAGAAUGGCAAUGAGAAACAUGACCUGUCUAAGGUAGAUAUAGAAAGACUGGUGAGGGGCAUCAAGGAGAAAGAGACUGAGAUCACCCAGCUUAAUGAGAAGAACCUCUCACUGACCAGGCAGCUGGAUCAGCUGGUGGUUUCUCGUGAUGAAGUGGGAAAACUCUCACAGAUGAUCAUGCAGAAGGACCUGGAAAUUCAGGCACUUCAUGCCAGAGUUUCCAUGGGAGGCGGACACAGCCAGGAUGUCAUGUUCUUACAGCAGCAGCUACAGGCAUACGCUGUGGAGAGAGAGCAAGUGAUUGCCGUGCUUAACGAGAAGACCAGAGAGAACAGCCAGCUUCGGUCCGACUAUCACCGCCUCAUGGAUAUCAUGGCAGGAAAGGAAGCAGCCCUGUUGAAGCUUCAGCAGGAAAAUCAGCGCCUCUCUAACAUGAGCGAUCCCUCGGGAAGCCAGGAGAUGUUCAAGGAGACCAUCCAGAAUCUGUCUCGAAUUAUUAGGGAGAAGGACAUAGAGAUCGAUGCCUUGACCCAGAAGUGCCAAACGCUGGUGACAGUCCUGCAGUCCUCAGGAGGAGAGCCCGGUGCUGGCUCUGGAGGGGUCAGCAGCAACCAGUUUGAGGAGCUACUGCAGGAGCGGGACACACUGAAGCAGCAGGUGAAGAAGAUGGAGGAGUGGAAGCAGCAGGUCAUCACAACAGUCAAGAACAUGCAGCACGAGUCGGCUCAGCUGCACGAGGAGCUGAUCAAACUGCAGAGUCAGGUUUCUGCCGACAGCGACUGUAGCUCAAAGCUCUCAGUGGACUACGCUCGACUGGUCCAGAAUUACGAGCAGAAGGAAAGGAGAUUGGGAAGUCUGAGUCUGGAGCUCGCACAGGUUCAACAAACUAUUACCCAGCUCAGCAGCACAAAGGAUGUCCUGUUAGGUAAACUGGACAGCGUCACACAGACACCUGAAGUCACAGCCACUCAGUGUAGUGGCUCUUCUCUCAGUACUGAUGCUCCAAGCCAUCAGCCAGAUUCUGCUGUAAAAGAUGAGAAGAUGCAGCAAGAAGUUGUUCAACUAAAAGCACUGUUGACUGAAAAAGAAAACACGAUCAGGACUCUUCAAGAAAACAACCACAGACUCUCCAACUCCGCGUCUGCCUCAGAAAGCGAGCAGCGAAGUCAGGCAGAGGAGGCUCGACAGGUCAGAGAGAGACUAGAGGCCUUGCAGAGGUCUGUGAGGGAGAAAGACUUGCUCAUCAAAAGCAAAGGAGACCAACUAGCUCAAGUAAGUGAAGCACUGCGUAACCGUGAGAAUGACAACGAGGUUCUGAAGCAGGCGGUGACCAACCUCAAAGAGCGUGCGCUCAUUCUUGAGAUGGACGUGAAGAAGCUAAAGGAGGAGAAUGAGCUGGUUGCUGCACGCUCUCGAGAGAAAGAGUCAGAGUUUAGAGCUCUGCAGGAAACUAACAUGCAGGUUUCCCUCCUGCUGCGAGAGAAGGAGUUUGAACUGAGCGCGAUGAGCGAGAAGGCUGCCACUGUGGAGAAACUGCUCAAAGACAAAGAGCAGGGUAAAUCUGGUGAGCUGAAUCAGCUCCUGAACGAAGUGAAGUCCAUGCAGGACAAAGCUGUGGCAUUUCAGCAGGAGAGGGAUCAGGUGAUGAUGGCACUCAAGCAGAAGCAAAUGGAGACUGCGGCAUUACAGUCUGAGCUCCAACAUGUGAGAGACAAAGAGCACCGCCUAAACUUGGAGCUUGAGCGGUUGCGUAAUCACCUGUUGGAGAUUGAAGAUUCAUACACGAGAGAAGCCCUCGCUGCAGAGGACAGAGAGACAGAGCUGCGCAGGAAGGUGGCUCUGCUGGAUGAGAGACUGACGACAUCCUCAAGUGCUGUGGAGAGUGCCAGCCAACAGGCCAGCAUGCAGGUAGAGUCUCUGCAGGAGCAGUUAAUUGGGGUGGUGAAGCAGAGAGACGAUGCGCUGGCCCAACUCAGAACCUCUCAGGAACAAGUCAACCAGUAUGCAGUGUCACUCUCCAACCUGCAGAUGGUGCUAGAGCAAUUCCAACAAGAAGAGAAAGCCAUGUACUCGGCAGAACUUGAGAAGCACAAGAAGGAGAAAGAGGAGUGGAAAAGAAAAGCUCUGAAACUGGAGGACCAAGCUUCUGCUCUCCAGAUAAACCUGGAUGAAGCCAACGCUGCUCUAGAUUCAGCAUCUCGUCUCACGGAUCAGCUCGAUCUGAAGGAGGAACAAAUUGAGGAGCUGAAAAAACAAGUGGAUGUGAGGCAGGAGAUGCUGGAAGAGGCACAGAGGAAACUCAUGAACCUUUUGAACAGCACAGAGGGUAAAAUAGACAAGGUCCUGAUGCGUAACUUGUUCUUAGGAUACUUCCACACGCCCAAAACCAAGCGUGCCGAUGUGCUAAAGCUCAUGGGAAGUGUCUUGGGUCUAAACCGAGAAGAUGUUGAAAAGAUGCUGGAGGAGGACAGGGGCCACGGUGUUACUGGAUGGGUAUCAAACUGGUUGGGAGGCAGAGGAGCACAAAGUGUCCCAAACACUCCACAGAGACCCACCAGUGGCCAAGGGCUCAACUCUUCCUUCUCAGAGAUGUUUGUGAAAUUUCUGGAGAUGGAGUCGACUCCGUCUCUGCCUGCACCAAAGCUUCCGGUUCAUGACAUCAAGCCUCUGAGCGCCCCACCUGCGGGAAGAACCAGCAGCGGCACUUCCAGCAUGGCCGCAGGGGCUCCAGUUUCCCUGAAGCGAGUCGGUGAUUCCAAUCCGUUCCUGGCCCCUCGCUCUGCAGCGGUGCCUCUGCUGGCUGGUUCCGGCUCUGGGGGCCCAGGAGGCCACCUGCUGAUGAAGCCCAUCUCUGACACCCUGCCCACCUUCACUCCUGUGCCAGUCUCAGCUGAGGCCAGCGGUGGAGCCGUGCUCAAAGACUUGUUAAAGCAGUGAUCGGCCCUGUGAGGAGUGCAACACAGAUGUCUUAAUUUAGCCAACACAAGUUUUACACUACAAAGACUGAGAUUUUGGAGCAGAUCUGCUUCUUUUUGCUGCUUUCUUUACUUUCUGCAAAAAUAAAUGAGCAGAGCGUUCACAAAGGCUUAAUGUCACCAUUUCGGGGAGAUGAUUAAAACGAAGUUAUUAGUUCUUUGGGGUUUUUUUAGAUUCUGUUUCACUUGCAAUUACUGUUCUAUGCAACAGACUCUCCCUUUACACACCAGUGAAAGUGUUUCCCACUCAGAAUUAUUGAUAAGUGAUCAAUGGUGAGACUCUACCUUCAAAAACGAUGCAGGAUCGGAGCGUUUUAAAGUUUUGAGUCAUUCAGAGUGAGAGUUUUCAAAGAUCUGGUCAUCUGAGUUACAUUAUGAUUUUUAUUUAUCGCACCACAUCUGAACACAAGUGACCUUUUUCAGCUCCGUCUGCGCAGUACAAUACAAGUGGGCUGAAUCUAGUCAUCACCUCUGUUAGCAAGAGGAAGCACGUCCUUCACAGGACAACUUUUUAUUUGUUGAAUACUUUUAUUUUUCUUUUCAACAAUGCAGUGAGCUGUUUCUUAUCCAGGACUCGCCUGAAACACUCUGGCAGCAGCAGCCUGCAUAGAGAUUUAUGUGGUUUCAGUACAUCUGUUAAAACCAUAAAGACAUUUCUGCAGAAAUCUUGUCUUUUCCAGACGGCUAGACUGUGAUAUGCAAUAAGCGUUGUAAUUAUGGCUAUAACUGCUGACUGCGGUUGAUCGGAAGCUUGAGACUGCUCUUAUGUUUAAGUACAGUACUAUUAUAUAGUUAUAUAUAUGUGUAAAAAUGGGUGGUGUUAUUUUGUUUUCUAUUUAUAGGCACUGAGGAUGUUGUGGAAGUAAAAAAGUGCCUGUCUUUUUUCCUAAUUUCAUAGUUGUAUAAUCAGGAUUGUAAAAAAUAAUAUAAAAAAAUAUAUUUACAAAAUUGCACAUUUAGAAGGACCACAGUAGCGGAAACUGCUCUACAUUUUUGUAUAGACAUCAAUCAGCUGCUGCAGAAGGAAUGUUACAGGGCUUCUCCAGGUGUAAUGAUUAAAUGUACAAACUGUAAAUCCUCCUUAAAAAGAAUUUUUGUAGAUGUAAAAUCUGAAACACUUGGGCGUCUAAAAGGAGUCGGGUUGCCUCAGACUUUGAUGAGCUUUACUUAAGUUUAGUACCCGUGAAUUAAUUGGAAUUUUAACAUCAAAUAAAGGUACCACUGCUG